AUAAAUUGAACUGUUGCCUGAUCAAGUCUGUUUUUAACAUCUUUUGAUCCUUCAGAUUCAACUAAAUCUAAAGUCUUUUCCAUCAUGAAAAUACUUCUAUUAAUGUGUUUCAUCUUCUUGACAGUUUCAUCUACUGAGGCUGGUAAACAAACAUUAACUAAUAUCUGUCAAGAACUAGAAGAAUUUUUAAAAAACGGAAAAUUCGAUGAGCGUCGCAAGAUUCGUGAUGAAUGUGCUCUCAAAGCAUUCAACUCAGAAGUUCAAGAAUCUUUGAAAAAAUGUCGCGAUAUUUUACCUCUUGAAACCUCUGAUGAUGUGAAAAAAGUGUGCUCAGAUAUUGGAACCAGCGAACCCAAGAUUGAAGCGGUUAAAGAUUGUGUGGUAAAGAAUAGUCCACCUGAAGCAAUAGAAGUUUUUAAGGUAUGUUUAAAGAAAUCAUUUGGAAGAGCUAAUUUGAUGUAAAUUGGUGACAGUCGUCUAACUUGUCUUUAAUUGAAAUGAGCAAAAAGAUAUGUAUUAAUCAGAAAUCAUGGAACUUUCAAUUGUUUAAAUAAAUUGAGAUUUUGUCGUUUAA